AUACGAGAAGAAUAAAAAAACACCACUUUUUUGCAACAAAAUAGGAAAAAGAAAAAGAAAAACUGGUGGAGGCUACUGGAGGUGGUGUGUCGAAUGGCGCUAUAUCUUCUAUACGAGUCAGCAUCUGGUUACGGGCUGUUUUUAGCUCAUGGCUUAGAUGAAAUCGGACAGAACACGGAGGCUGUUCGCAACUCAGUCGUCGAUCUUAAUCGCUUCGGCAAAGUUGUUAAACUCGAUGCUUUUACUCCUUUUGAGUCUGCCCUCGAUGCUCUCAAUCAAUGCAAUGCUGUCUCUGAAGGGCAAAUGACGGAUGAGUUGAGGACCUUUUUGGAGCUUAAUCUCCCCAAAGUUAAGGAAGGUAAGAAGCCUAAGUUCAGUUUAGGAGUAGCGGAUCCAAAAAUCGGAUCACAUAUAUAUGAACAAACCAAGAUCCCGUGUCAAAGCAAUGACUUUGUUCUUGAGCUCAUACGUGGGGUUCGUUUGCAUUUUGAUAGCUUCAUCAACAAUCUCAAGCCCGGUGACUUAGAAAGAGCCCAACUUGGUCUCGGUCACAGUUACAGUAGAGCUAAGGUCAAAUUCAAUGUCAACCGUGUAGAUAACAUGGUCAUUCAAGCAAUCUUUCUUCUUGAUACCCUUGAUAAGGAUGUCAAUUCGUUUUCCAUGAGAGUCAGGGAGUGGUACUCAUGGCAUUUUCCGGAGUUGGUUAAGAUUGUAAAUGACAACUAUUUAUAUGCUAAAGCUGCAAAGUAUAUUGAGGACAAGUCAGAGUUAUCUGAAGAUAAGUUAUCCGGGCUGAUAGAUAUUAUUGGGGAUGAAGAUAAAGCGAGGGAAGUGAUAGAAGCUGCCAAAGCAUCCAUGGGUCAGGAUUUGUCACCACUUGACUUGAUCAAUGUCAAGAUGUUUGCACAGAAAGUGAUGGAUCUUGCUGAGUACAGGAAGAAGCUUUAUGAUUAUCUUGUUUCUAAAAUGAGUGAUAUAGCACCUAAUUUGGCUGCACUAAUCGGUGAAGUUGUUGGUGCUCGUUUGAUAUCCCAUGCUGGUAGCCUUACAAAUCUUGCCAAGUGCCCUUCUUCUACCCUUCAAAUCCUUGGUGCUGAGAAGGCACUUUUUAGGGCUUUGAAAACCAAAGGGAACACACCAAAGUAUGGUCUUAUUUUCCAUUCGUCCUUUAUUGGUCGUGCAUCUGCUAAAAACAAAGGUCGGAUGGCUCGUUAUCUAGCCAACAAGUGCUCCAUUGCUUCUAGAAUCGAUUGCUUCUCAGAGACAAGUACCACUUCUUUUGGAGAUAAACUGCGUGAACAAGUUGAAGAGCGCCUUGAUUUUUAUGACAAGGGCGUUGCACCUCGUAAAAACAUUGAUGUCAUGAGAGCUGCUAUGGAAAGUGUUGCAAAUCAUGAUAAAGAAAUGGAUGUGGAUGAAUCUUCUGAACUACCAUCAAAGAAAAGCAAGAAAAAGAAAUCCAAAGGCAAGUCUGCAGAAGAUGAAGUAUCGCCCAAGGAUCAAGAAAAUACCGUUGCAGAUGCAGAGCCAAAAUCCGAGAAAAAGAAAAAAAAGAAACGAUCACUUGAAGAGACGGAACCUAUUAAGAAUGGCAAAGAAAACAGUGUUGGUGCAGAUGAUGACACAGAAACCAAGAAAAAGAAGAAGAAAAAGAGCAAAGAUGUUGAAACAGUGGAAGUUGUUCCUGUUGCUGGUGAAAAAAAGAAGAAAAAGAAGAAGAAAUCUGCAGAGUAAGGUUGUGAUUGAUGAUGUACAUGUUUUGAAACCUCUAAUCUUGAUGUGUUACCUUGACUUGAACUAUCAUCAAAGAAAAUCGGCAAAGAUGUUUUGUAACCUUGCAUCAGAUCUUUUUCCAUGUCAA